AUGGCAGAGGGCAAGAGCGGGGGAGCCGGGCUCUUUGCCAAGCAGGUCCAGAAACGGUUCAGCCGGGCGCAGGAGAAGGUUUUGCAGAAAUUGGGCAAAACGGUGGAAACCAAAGACGAGCAGUUCGAGCAAAGCGCGUACAACUUCCACCUGCAGCAGAACGAAGGCAAUAAACUCUACAAAGACCUCAAGGCUUUCCUUGGCGCAGUGAAAGUGAUGCACGAGAGCUCCCGGAAAGUGGCCGAAACACUGCAGGAGAUUUACAGCACCGACUGGGACGGUCACGAGGAGCUGAAAGCCAUCGCAGCUAGUAAUGACCUCCUGUGGGACGACUACGAGGCGAAGCUGGCCGACCAAGCCCUGCGGUUGAUGGAGAACUACCUGGCUCAGUUCGGGGACUUUAAGGAGCGCAUCGCCAAGCGGGGCCGUAAGCUGGUGGACUACGACAGCGCCCGGCAUCAUCUGGAAGCUCUGCAAAGCGCCAAGAAGAAGGACGAGGCAAAAAUCGCCAAGGCCGAGGAGGAGUUUAAUAAAGCCCAAGCGGUGUUUGAAGACCUGAAUAGGGACCUUCGGGAGGAGCUGCCGGUUCUGUAUGGCAGGUACUGGGGGUGUUGCUGGGGCUGGGGGACAUCACGGGGCUGGGGGACUUUGCAGGGGAUGGGGGACAUUGCAGGGCUCAACCACGACCUCUACGAGGUGAUGAGCAAACUGGACAAGCAGCACUCCAGCAAAGUCUUCAUCAUUAAAGGUGUCCCCAGCAACCGGCGCUCACUGGUCAUCUCCUCGCCGGUGAGCCCCCCGGCCAUGUUCCCCUGCCCGGAGAAGGUGCCAGACUGGCAGCCCAUGGUGGAAGCGGAGGCGACGGUGGGGUCCCCCGUGGUGGGCAGCAGUGCCACCGAUGCCAUCUCCAACGGGGAGCUGGGUGCUGCCGUCCCUGGCCCACCACCGGCUUCACCCGCCAGCGGUGCGUCCCUGUCGGAGACAGCAUCAGUCUCCAGCGAGGAGGCUCCAGAGCCUGGCCACAGUCCCGAAGCUCUGUCCCAUGAGCAGGGGACAUCGGUGGCAGCUGUGGAGCCGGGCACCGACUCCCUCAGGCUCACUGAAAGCCAGGGUCUGGAGCCAGCAGGGGCUGCCAGCAGGGCGCAGGUGGGGACCGAGGGCAUCGCCACCUCCUUGGCGUCGCUGAUUUUAUCCGAGGCGAUUGCCCAGGCCACCAGCACCGCACCACCGAAGCCAGAAAAAGCCGCAACUGGGCUGGGGGCGAGCAAAGCCCCGACCGCAGCAGGGGACCCCUGUCAGCCGGACGGCACGGCCACCAAUGGCGAGGGGCAGGCACAUCCCGGGGAGCCACCGUCCCCAUCCCCGGCCGUCCCCUGCGAUGCCCCCAGUCCCACGGCAGAGGCACUGGCGUGUCCAUCCCCGGGCGGUGGGCAGGAGGAGCUGUGCCGGCCCGGCAGUGCCGCGGGCGAGCACAGCGACUCCGAGGAGAGCAUGGAGGUGAUGGACGUCGAGCCAAAGGUGGCCAAAACUCAGAUGGGGCUGGAUCUGACUCUCAACGCGGUGUCAAGCGGCUGCACCGGGGAUGGCGGUUCACCCUCUGGCUCCCCAACCAAGGAGCAAGGCUGUCCCGGGACGCCGCAGCAGGACGCGAGCCAGGACAUGAGCCGGGACCCCCCACCAGCAGCAAAUCCCUGCCAGGACCCCCCCGAGACCCUCACCUCCCUGUGAGCCCGGCGCCCGGCGCAGGAAACAGGCGUCUUACGGUGCUGCCGGCAGAUAACUGUUUCACCGUAACCGU